CAGCAGGGAUUCGAAGUCGAAUCCCAUUCGUCGACGCUUCCCCCAUGAGGGAAACUCCGUUAUCUAAGAUUUAUAAGUCCUCAAAAGAAUUUUCCUUACAGAAUGUCACGAGCUAACUGCAACUUGAACAGAGCGCACGCGGGGGAGUUCUCCCGGGGAAGCCUUCCUGCCCCGGGCGAUGCUCACGAUCGCGGGCUAAAUAAAAAGGAGAACAUAAAUCAAAAGGGCAAAACCUCUGCCCCCUGACUCGGAGCCCUCUCCCCACCUGUUCAGUGGCAGGAGGGACCUGCUCUGAAGAGGGUCCCAGGGGGCCUACCCGAGUUGCCAGGGCGCAGAAGUUACGGGGAAGAGGGUCAAGGGGCGCCCCACUGGAGGGCGGCUGGCCGCUGAGACCGCCAGGACGCUAGGACCGGACAGCCGGGGCUGGUGGCUCUGAGAGCCGCUGGGACCCGGAGAGGAGGGCGGCGGGAGGGGAGUGGGCGGGCAGCCCCUCCCUGGGAUGACGUUCCUCAGCCCUGGGGCUCCGCAGCCCGUCUAUCCGCUCUCUCCUCCUCGUCCCUCCCCACCGGGGCCCAAAGGACGCCGGCGCCUCCCGGAGUUUCCUGUCGCUCGGGUUCUUUCCAGCCCGCGGCCGACCGGGCUGCAGGCGGGGGAAUUGAGGGGCAGGCUCCCUCCGCACUUAGAGCGAUGCCGGGCAGCAGAAGGGAGCCGGGUCGGAGUCCCGGGUAGCAGGAGAAGCGGGGAAGAGGCAAAGGAAGGAAGGGUCUGGAGAAGAGGAUCCGGGCGGCUGGAGGAGCGAUGGAGCCGGGACCAGCGGACGCCUGGGACCCUUAUCGCCGCCCGGCGCGCCGGACGCAGUGGCUCGUGAGCGCCCUGGCCCAUCACUACCGUCUAGAUCGAGGCGUGGAAAACGAGAUCGUAGUGCUGGCCACCGGGCUGGACCAGUACCUCCAGGAGGUCUUCCACCACCUGGACUGCAAGGGAGACGGUCGCCUACCCGGGGAGGACUUUCGCGUGCUGUGCAAGGUGCUGGGGCUACGGCCUGGGGCCAGCCUAGACACGGAGAGGGGAUGCGGCGAGGAAGAGGAGGACGAGGAAGAGCGUGCGGCGCUCUGGGACGACCUGGCUCCGGAGCUCACCUUCCGCCAAUUCCACGCCCGCCUCUGUGGCUACUUCAGCACCCGAGCUGGGGCACGGGAGGGUCCCGAGGGGAGCCGGCUGCCCGUGGGGCCCGAGAGUGAGCACAUCGAGACCCAGAUCCGGCUGCGCAGCCCCCUGCGCCGGCGCCGGGAGCGUCCCGGGGCGGCUGCUGGCCCGGCUGCGUCCGGACGCACCAGGAGCUCCCCUCCCGCCGCGGCAAUGGCAGCCGCGGGUUCUGCGGGCUGUUCGCGGGAGUGCUACGAGGAGGUGGUGGCCCUCGAGCAGGCGGAGGACCGGGUCGCCAAGCUGGAGGAGGAGAACGCCAGCCUUCGGGAGCUGGUGGAGGACAUGAGAGCCGCCCUCCAGAGCAGCGACGCCCGCUGCCUGGCACUGCAGGUGGGACUCUGGAAGAGCCAUGCCAGUCACAAGCAGGACAGCAGCUGCUUUCCUGGGCCCAGGAUGCUGUCCACCCACGGGACGCCCCCGCCCACCAAGGGCUUCCAGAGCGUGCUCAAGGAAGCGGAGCUGAUUCGGAGCUCCAGGGACGGUCAGAUCGAAGAGGCGAUCCAGGCAAACCAGGAACUGGCCAAGGAGCUGAGGCAGUGCCAGGAGGCCCUGGCGGCCUCGGAGGACUGCAACCGCCAUCUCAAGAAGGAGCAGGCAGACAUGAGGAAGAAGGUGGAGGAAGCCAGGCAGGCAGUGCUGAGUGGCCUGGGGAAGGUGAGGGAGCUGGAAGCCCAAGCCACCCAAGUCCUGCAUCUACAGAUGUGCGUCCAGCAGCUGGAACUGGAGCUGCAGUGUUACAGGUCAGAGAUUAGGAAACUACCAACCCCACUAAAUGAUCAGAAAAUGCCACAAGAAGAUGGUGAAUCAGAAAGUAGAAGAGCCUUUUUUCCUGGGCAGCCAGAUGGAAUCUCUCCCUCUGAAGGAGCAGGAGCUGCAGAAGAUGGUAUAGGCUGCAGAUAUGCUGACGAAGGAGAUGAGCAGUUGUUCCGCUCUGUGGAGGGCCAGGCAGCCUCUGAUGAAGAAGAGGAAACGUGGCCGAGGGAGCAGCAGACCCAGGCGGCCGAAGUGAGGAAGCUGCUGGCUCGCAUUUCGAGUUGUGGGAACGGAUGCGAUGACAAAACAGCCAAGAAGCUCAUGUCUUACUUCGGCCACUUUGGCAGUGAUGAACAUACCAGUGCCCUGGGGGAGCUGGGAGAGCAGAUUGUCACCCUGACGGAGCAGCUGGGAAACAUGGGGCAAGAUGUAAAAGAGCCUGACACUGGUGACCAGGAGGUGAAGGAGCCACUUUUCAGUGAAAUUCAGCAGAAAGCUGAGGAGAGUGAGCUUCUGAAGAUGGAGUUACAGAUGCUCGAGACAGAAAGAGUUCGGCUUUCCCUGGUGGAAGAAAAGCUGAUGGAUGUCCUCCAGCUUCUCCAGAGACUUCGGGAUUUGAACAUAUCCAAAAGAGUCUUGGGGAAAAUGUUGCUGAACACCUUGGAAUCCUGUCAGGACCCCCAACAUGAGAAGGCCCACACCUUCGAAGUCCUGGAUGCCUUGUACCGGACACUGGCUAGCUGUGAGCUCUUACAGAAACAGCCUUUGGAGCAGGCCCAGGCCCCCCAAGCUCUUACCAACCAGCUCAUCAUCUCCUGUUGAGCAUCAGUGUUCUUACAGCUCUGCAGAGAAGUGCCUGAAACUGGGAUCUGGAUCUGGACCAUCAGAUGGUUAAAAUACAAGUGGACCUUCCUAGUGGACCCACCAAGUACAGCAGGGGAUUGUUUCCCCUGGGUUCCCUCCUUAGUGGGUCUCCCAUUGUGGAUAAGACACUAGCUCCCUCCUCCUAGGGAGAUAUAACUAUGGAGGACAAGUCUGGGCUCAGAAAUGGCCUGAGAGGCUGAUGGAGUCCACAAGCCUCUGAGUCAACACCUGCAUCCGUGAUGGAGGCUGCCCUGCCUUGGAGAUUGCAUCUCUGCCUUUGAUGGAAUGGUGCAUUGGAUCUUCACACUGAUCACUCCUAAUGGGCCACAUCCAGCCUCCUAAUCUGUGCUGAUAAAUUUCAGGUUAAGCCUGUCAGAUUUUAUCUCAGAUUAAAGCAGUUAGCACUUCCCUCCUGCAACCCCACAAGCCCUUGGAGUGUGUGGUCUUUCUCCCACCAUAAGAUUCCUUCCCUUCCCACUCUGGGAGCCAAGCCAGUGAAACCCAGUAAUCCUCCAGAUGUUACUGCAACCCAGAUGUGUGCCCAUCACUGCCCGAGGCACUGUGUAGAAAGGGAAGAAAAAAUUAAGAAUAAAAAGAAUAAAAAUUUCUUGCCCACAAGAAGUUCAGGUAGAGCCCUGGCUUCCUGUGAAAUAAUUGGGCUCAAUUAUUGACCUCGGUUGAGGGCUCAACUGUGUUAUCAAUAUGCAAAUGGAUUUCAAAGCAUUAGUGUGGGCUGAAAUAGUCAGGGAGGAGCUGGAAGAGGGCUUGAUUUCAAAGUAUGGGUAGGAUUUCACCUUUUAAAAAAAAGCAAUAGGCUGAAUUGAUUUAGGAAUAGCCUUCAGGUGGAAAAAAUUAGCAUGGGAAAGGCAGAUGGAGAUAGAAAGGAGUAUGGUGGGACUAUGAGAAAAUGUGCCUCACUGGUUCAGAAGAUUCAUAUUUUGAGAUACAAAAGUGAGGAAGCAAUCAAUGGGCGUACUCACAUAUGGAAGGCCUUGAAUGCCAAGCAAAAAAGUUUGAACUUUAUGAAUAGGAAGUAGGGAGUUAUGGCAGAUUCUUGAGCAGGGGAAUUCAUACUAAAAACAGGGUUUCUGGAUAAUUUAUAUGGUGGUGCCAUGAUGGAUCUCAGAGGACACCAACAAUCAUCCCUUUGUAGUCUCUUUAGGAAAAAAUCUCCCCAUGUCAUCCUGGAGAGGGGAGAGAAGGUGCCAAAAACCAGAGCAACGAGAAAGUUGUGUGAAGGAAAGCUGAGAGCACUUCCUGGAGUGUUCCAAGAACCCAGAAGAAAACUGUCUGAAGGACUAAAAGUUAGAAGAUUCAAGUUCGAAUCUUAGAUGGGCUACUAAUAAUGUGAAUAUUUAUUGAGCUUCACUUGUGUCCCUGUCCCUGUGUCAGAGAAGUCAAGUCAAGGGAGUCCUGCCCUCCAGAACUAGUCUAGUGGAGGGGGCAAGAUGCCUCCCAGAUGUUAAAUAUCAAAAUGGAACAGUUAGGCUAAUGACAGGGUAUAGAAGAGAAGGACAGGAGGAGAGACAGCUCAGUAUGAACUGAAGAGAUCAGGGAAGGCUUUCAGGAGGAGGCAAGACAACUUGAGCUUAGUUCUUCAAUGUAGGCAGGAGUCAGAUAAGUUGAGAAGGGCAUUCCAAGUGCAUGAGCAAAGCUUCAGAAACAUGAGAUGGGGAAGAGAGCAGGAGAAGCAGGGGUACGUGCAGGUGCUCUCAUGAGGAGAGCUGGAUUCAAUUCGGAUAAAAUGAAAUAACAGGAAAGUGCUUUGAAAAAACAGAUGUUGCUGUUGAAGCACAAACGUCAUUGUACUCAGACCCAAACACUGGACAAUGGAACAACACUGGCUCAGGAGCUUUGCCCCAACAAGCUUUCGUGUCCGAUCUUCUGUGUCCUCUACCAAAGAGAGCUGGAUGAGUGAAUAUCAAAGGUUCUUUCCAGCUCUAACAUUUGUGAUUCCAUUCUAAAAUUGUGAUUCUAUUCUAGACUAGCUAAAAGAAGGCUCUCAACAUCCCUGGGACACACACACACACACACACACACACACACACACACUUAAAAGAAAACUUGCAGGGGAAUAGAAGCUGCCUAUUUCAUCCUGCUUCUGAAAUCAUCCUGUUGGUCAUUUCUUACAGAACAGUAAUAUUCCAUAAUAUUCAUAUACCACAAUUUAUUCAGCCAUUCUCCAACUGAUGGACAUGGCUUCUCUUUCUAUUUUCUCUCCCCAAUGGGGUGGAUUAGCACUGAUUCUUAUAUGUUGAAUUUAUGUGAUUUUUAAAUGAAGGCAAAGGUAUCAUUUAAACACUCCAAGCUGCAGCUCUUCUCUUGACAGGAUAUUCCCUGUUUUCACACCCAUCUGCCCUCAGCCAUUGGCUGCUUUGCGGUUCCAGAAGUAACUAAGCCCUACAGUUCCAUCAGAAUCAGAAAUCAGUACAGAAUCCUGCGCUUGGGGUUUGAACAAAGUCCCAUGAUAAGGGAAGUGCCAGGAAGAGAGAGAACUUGGAAGGAGGGGUUAGAAGAGAGAGAGAACCCAGAGAAUUCUGACCUGGCUUUGGGAGCAUCAGAAGCCCGGACUGGACCCAGGAAUAAUCCAUAUGAAAUUAGGGUAGGGAGUAUAUAGAUCAUAGGAGUUCCAUGAUCAAUUUAAAUGAGCAAAGAAAGUAGUGAGCUCCCUAUAGUUUGCCUCCCUAAGGAGAUGAUAGACAGGGCUCUUGGUACUUCCCAGUAAGUGGAUUUCCCUGGUAGAGGCUACAUCCAAGAUGAAUUAAUUGCUUGCCUUUUUGGAUGUCAGACCCAUAGAGGAAGCCAGUGGAACCUCUAUGUUCAAUUCAGUUCAAGUCGAUAAAUGUUGUACAGAGCACUGUUUUAGGCACUGGGGGAGAUGCAAAGAUAACAUCUCAGGCUGAAAUUUAUUUCAGGAGCAUGUCAAGAAAGGCUUUGAUUUGGAGGCUUUAGAUAAGGCACGACAGUGAUUGAUUCAAAUGAAAUGAGUCAGGUAGGAAUCUCCAAAAAAAUUUGUUGAGAAUCCCUGUUCCCUCAUCUGUAUACUUCCAUGUUAUUGUUGUCUUGUUGUUUCCAUCGUGUCCGAUUCUUCAUGAUCCCAUUUGGGGUUUCCUUGACAAGUGAUAUUAGAGUAGUUUCCUUCCCCAGCUCAUUAUACA